AGGCGUACGAUAAGUUCAUGACCGACUCUUCCGAAGACAAGUCCGCGAAGACCACCGACCACGACCACAAGACGUCUAAGAAGGAGGAUCAGGAGUCGGCCCACACCUCGAAGAAGGAGGACCUCGCUGGCACCCAGAAGGAGCUCGACGCCGCGCUGACCUACUUCGACAAGCUGAAGCCCUCUUGCGUUGAUGCCGGGGUCAGCUACGACAGCAGGGUGGGCAACCGCAAGGAAGAGAUCCUCGGGUCGCUCCAGGAGGCCCUCAAGAUCCUCAACGGCCAGGACAUCCCCUGAGCGCGCCCGGCCCCCGCCGGCCACCCCCCGCGGGCCGAGCCGGGCGUUCGGGCCCGCCUGCCGCCUCGGCCUCGCUCUCGUCGUCGUCAU